GUGAAGUUGUAUGGCAGGUUGAUUCUCUGUCCUAGACACUCUCAUGCGGGGAACAGGAAACUUUGAACCCUCUUCAACAAUAUUUGGACCACUGAGGAAAACUUUUUGAAGCUGGUGAGGUUGAAAGUCUUUUGGAUUAAAGUGUAAAACAGAGACGGGUUUGAGUUUAUAAUUGACACGUCUGCUCUGACUGCUGAAAGUGAAAGUGAAGCUGGUGAACCAGACUGAGGACAACAAACUGGAGAGAGUUUACUGCAGAGACAAAAUGGCUUCUAAACUGGAGGAGGAUCUCACCUGUCCUGUGUGCUGUGACAUCUACAAGGAUCCUGUCAUUUUGACCUGCGCUCACAGCAUCUGUAAAGUCUGUCUGCAGCAGUUCUGGGAGAGUAAAGGAUCCAGAGAAUGUCCCUACUGCAGGAGGAAGUGCUCAAAAGUCAAAUAUCCCCCUAGCAUGGCUCUAAGGAACCUGUGUGAGACCUUCAUGCAGGAGAUCAAUCAGAAAGCUUCCGCAGGGUCUGAGGCGUUAUGCAGUUUGCACAGUGAGAAACUCAAGAUCUUCUGUCUGGAGGAUAAACAGCCUGUGUGUGUGGUGUGUCAGACGUCUAAGAAACAUAAAAAUCACACAUUUAGUCCCAUAGAUGAAGCAGCACAGGACCGUAAGGAGGAGCUCAAGAUCCAACUGCAGCCCUUACAGAAGAAACUGGAGACCUUUGAAGAAGUUAAACUCAUCUGUGACCAAACAGCAGCACAUAUUAAGACUCAGGCUCAACACACAGAGCUGCAGAUCAAGGAGGACUUUGAGAAGCUUCACCAGUUUCUACUGAGAUGAAGAGGCAGUCAGGAUAGCUGCACUGAGGGGAGGAAGAGGAGCAGAAGAGUCAGAUGAUGAAGGAGAAGAUUGAGAAGAUGAGCAGAGAGAUCUCAUCUCUUUCAGACAUAAUCAGAGCCAUAGAAGAGAAGAUGGGA